GAGAGAGAGAGAGAGAGAGAGAAUGAUGCGCGCCGAUCGCGAUACACGCUUGGUUUCUUCUUAAAGAAAGAAAAAUAAGUGAGUGGGGGCGGAAGUAAUCGCUCGGGAUAUACUAUAUUCUCUUAUGCACUUUGAUGUACUUCGUGACAGGACAGGUGAAAAAGCUUGGAGAAACUGUGUUAUCGAAUACUGACAAUUCCGAAAGUGCACAGUGUCGUAUUCGUGCACUCGAAUAACGUGUUCAUCGAUAUGGUUUUAUAAUUUUGCAGUCAGCUUAUGCAAAUGAAAUAUACCGAUGAUAACAAUUUCUCUUAGAAUUAAUCGCUUAGCCAAUGUCGCGCCUAGUGUUUACAACGCAUAAAGAGCUAUGACAAAUGUGAAGUUGUAUCAAUAUAAUGCACUGUUGGAAAAUGAUCAUGGGAAAGGAUCAGAUGUAUGUAAUAAUUUGAUACAUUGCACGUUGGAUUUUAUUUCGCAGCAAGUGCUGGAGCAAACUGCCCUAGAAAAAGUCAGUAUGCACAGCUCUUGUCUGUAAGUGGCAGUGAAAUUAGAGAUUUUAAAUCAGGGGAUGCCUAGCCUACACUCGCUCGUCGUACGACGAGCCCCCUUAAUGGAUAUGGGCACGACAAAUAGUUCAGUAACUUCUGUUAAUCCACCUAAUAAAACUGUCAACAAUCAGAAGAAAAUAGAUAAGACCAAUAAACUCACUGGUAUAAGAUUACCCUUGUUACGUAAAGAAUCAAGUGUAGUCAAUCUUUCUUUAACCGAAAGAACUUUACCAGGAAAAGGCAUAGAUUCUCCACUUUUAAGGCCUGAAAGCAGUGCUAGUUUAGAAGCUCGAGGCAGCAGUUGGAUUAAUUUAGCUCCUGGCGCUCUUAGAAAAUGUGAAACUGCAGUUGGAUUAAGUACGUCAGCUCUAGAGGGUAGAGCUAUCAAUCGCAGUAGAGUUUGCUCUCGCUGUUCUAGUUUGCUGUCAUUGGCAUCUAGCUCGAGAUACAGUUUAGCUGCUGGAAAUUUUGUCCCAACAGGUUCACAACAAACAGUUGGAAGAAUCUUUUGUAAGCUUUGUCUUACUGAUACGUCCCUAUCCAAAACAUUUAAAAUUGAAGGCUGUGGUUGUUUCUAUUGUAAAGAUUGUAUGAAAGCAUAUGUCGAAUUUGAAAUUGAAGAAGGCGCAUAUGAAAUUAGCUGUCCAGAUGCACAAUGCGAACAAGGUGCUAUCCUUUCGUUAAAGGAAAUUAGAAGUCUUGUUAGUGCAGAGUUAAUGGAAAAACAUUGCAAGUUUCGUUUGAACAGAGAUGUUUCAAUGGAUACAAAACGUGCGUGGUGUCCACGUGCAGGCUGUGAAACAAUAUGUUCAAUCAAUUCCAAUGGAAGUAGUAGUACACCUCCUGGACCUGUCCACUGUCCUAACUGUUCUACAGAUUUUUGCUCCUUGUGCAGAGAAGCAUGGCACAAUGGACCCUGUUCCGAUCUUCCAUUAGGUAUACCAUUUGACAGUGAUCAUAUUAAAUGCUGUCCCAUGUGUUCUGUACCUAUUGAAAAAGACGAAGGAUGUGCACAAAUGAUGUGUAAAAGAUGCAAACACGUUUUCUGCUGGUAUUGUUUAGCUUCUUUAGAUGAUGAUUUUUUGUUGAGGCAUUACGACAAGGGACCAUGUAAAAAUAAAUUAGGUCACUCACGAGCAUCUGUAAUAUGGCAUAGAACACAAGUAAUUGGGAUAUUCGCCGGUUUUGGUUUGCUCCUACUUGUCGCGUCUCCUUUGCUACUUUUGGCUGCUCCAUGUAUAGUUUGCUGUAAAUGUCGUAUUUGCGGUUCUUCUAGACUCGAACAGGAGGAUGGCGAUACUGCAACAUAGAAACUGUAAAAUAUUUUGAGUCCCUUUCUUAAUCUUACAUAUUAAUAAUCUUUCUCUUAUAAAAAUGGAACGAAUAAGGUAGCUUCUCUCAUAAAUGAGCUAAUAUAAUAAUUGGCAUUUUAUAUAGAUAUACAUUGAUUUUUAAUGAUUUUUCAUUUGUAAAAAAAAAAUAAAAAGAAAAGAAAGAAAAAGAAUUAUUUAUAUAUUAGAUAAUAAAUAUUUCUGUUCAGGGUUUUUUUUUUUUAUUUUAUAUAAAGCGAAUUUCUUUUUUUAUCUAAAGCGAAUUAUAAUUUUAUGGUACUAAUUUAGGAUUUUCAAAUAUUCGUAGCUGUUGUUAUAUGCAAGAACAUUCCAGAAGAAUCACUAUAUUUGUGAAAUAUUAAUUUUAUACUGCCAUGUAGAUUAUGCAUUGUACUCUUAUUUACAAUGGAAAUGAUUAUUAUUUUAUGGUUUUUUUAUUUCUUUUUGACUUUAUGUGAUAGGAACGUGUGACAUGCAGAUUGAAACAGUGUAUAUCUAUAUGUGUGCCUAAAAUAGGAACUCAGUGAGGCUCAGACUUAAGCUUCGACUGAUAUUUUAAUUGUGGACUACACUAUACAAUAUUCCACUUGUUCAUAUUUUAUUUAUGGGUACUUUCAUAUAUUUACUUUUGGUGAAUUAACAGUGUGUACAUUGCAUGUACAUUAUUAUAGAAAAUAUAAAAUAAUUUGGUGGGGUAAAUAGAGCACGCAUUAUAAAAAUUGUAUAGAUAUAUCAAAUCUAUAGUGUUGAUAUAUUGUUAUAAUAACAACUUGAACUCUCUAAAUGAGUUCAAAAAAAUACAUAUGUGACUAUGUUUAAAAUAACAAUGUUAUAUGUAAUAAGGCAGAAUGUAUAGGUUGCUAUUAAUUCAAGCAGCCGUGCAAUUCUAUUUGUUUUUUUGAUGGUACAUAGAUGUCAUAUCUUGAAAUAUAAUUUUUUUUUUGCUCCUGAAGGUAAGAGCAGCCAUAGUUUAAAAUAACACACACAUAUACACAUAUAAACAAAAUAUAACGCUGCUGUAAUGAAAAUAAUCUCGUUGUUUCAUGUGAAAUAGGACAACUUAAUGUAAUGUUAAGUAGUCUAGGUAAAAAAUAUCAAUUUUUUCUUUUUAAUUCGAGACAAGAAUUAUAAUAAAUUUUUUUCUUUGUUAUAUAUUCGGAUAUAUUAUUUCGUUUAGAAAGUCUUCAAUAUAUAUAUAUAUAUAUAUCGUGAAAUAAUUCUUAAUAUUUUAUUUACUAUAAUAGAGAUUUAUUUUAUGUAAAUAAAAGCAUAAAACAAAGUAAUACAACUAUGUGUGCAUAUGUUGUAAAACUAGAGCUACAAUAAGUUAUAUUUUUAAGCUUGGUAUAUAGCAAUUAUGUAUAUUUUGUAUUAUAGUGAACGAUUAUGGCUGCCAAAUUUGCACAUCAGAUUUAUUAUAAAAUAUUAACAAUGAGCAAAAAAGUAUUACCGAAGAAAUGUAAUCUGCUUUAUAUGUUCGGAAGAAAAUGUAAAUUUUUUAUUAUUAGCAAGAUUUAUAUAUAUAGAAUCUUUUUUUGCAUAUCCAAGUUCAUUAAAUAAUCAUUUAUUUUAUUGUUUACGUUUAAGCAAGCAUUUUAAUUUUUUAUUACGAACAAAUAUAUCGUUAAACGAUGAACGACUUUGAAUAUUUUAUGUUGUAUCUUUUAUUAUAAUAUUCAAAAAAAAGAAAAAAAAAAAAAGAAAAAAAAACCAAUUUUUUUUUAUUAUCACUUUCUUAAGAAUAGUUGCAAAUCUUGGAAAAAUAAGCGAAGAUAAAGUUACGAUGUAUCGGCGAUAGACUUAAUAUAGAUGUAAAAAUGCUUAAAAAAAAAAAAAAAGAAAAAGAAAAAAAAUAGAAAAAAAAAAAAACUUUCAUUUUGUAAGUAAAGAUUCAAAUAUACUGCGCAUUAGUUCUUGUAUAUAUAUAAUGACAAGAGGUGCAAAUUCAGAUCAUAAUUGAUCGAUGUGUGUGCAUUUAUUAAUUGGUUGUAUAUGAUCAUAACUUUGAGGUCUUAUUUUUCUUCUUUUUUAUUAAAAAUAACGCUUCUCAUUCUUUUUUUUUUUUUAUGUUAACUAGACAUUUAUUCAUUUUUUUUUUCUUUUUUCUGUAAUUUUUCAUGUAAUCAGUGCUUCUUGGUGAAGGAUAUUAGUAUAUUCACUUCGUUUAUACAUUUUGCGAAGGAAUUUACUAAUUACGUCUGUUUACUAGAUUUGCAUUUAUAAUAUUCUCGCAUGUAUGCGUUUCAAUCCUCUUCACUUUCCAUUUUGAUAACGCAGAUAAUUGCGUUAUAAUUAAAUGCUGUAAACAGUUAAGAAAAUAAAUUCGAGAUAUGCCCGCGCCGUACCUGUUUAUAGAUAAAUAUGUUUUAUAUAUAAAACGUUUGUUGUGUAAUUAUUUAUAUUGAAAUUUUUAUUUACUAUCUUUCUUGUUUUGAACAUUUUCUUUAUCUUUUCUUUUUUUUUUUUUUUCUGAAUGGAAAUCAAAUAUAUUUAUCGUAAGAUGUCUUCGCGACAAAACAAUAAUUAUCUUCAAGUUUCGUUCUGAAUAAAAACUUCUUUCCUUUUAAUUAUGAUACUAUUACUUUUGGAUUUGGCAUUUAUUUAAUUAUUUUUUAUUUGUAUUUUUUGUUAAUAUUACACAUAGUGUUUAUAAUUGAUUAAAUGAUAUAGGAGAGAAGAGGUUUAACAUUUGAUAAUAAUAAUUGAAACGUAUAUCAUUUAUAUAAUAACCCAUUUAUUGUUUUUUUUUUUCCUUUCUAAACGUAAUAUUUUCUGUAAGAAAAUAUGAUAAAAUCGAUUGGGUUAAAAAUUAUUUGGAAUGAAAAGAUUCGCAUAUCUAUGAGACACCAUCGUAUACAAAACUUCCAGGAUAUUCGAUAACAGCAGAUUUCCGUUCGUGAGAACUUCAUAGGGCUGCUUAUCGAAUAAAUCCUUCGUAUUUUAUCUAAUGGCGUCACAUUUGCUAAUCUUAACGGACCAUAAGUAUAAAAUUAGGAGAUGGUUAUACAUUUUAUAAAUUACAAGACGACAGAGUCCUGUAGUUCCACAAAAGCUGUGAUAGAUUCUACAUUAAACGUUUAAGAAAGUAGAAUGUAGAUGAUCAAAAUAAAACAAAAAAAAAUAUAUAUAUAUAUAUAUAACAAUUGAUAAUAUAAGUAUAAUGUUAUUGUAUUAGUAGUGGCAUUGUAAAGUGAGUAAUGUGUCGACAAAUACAUAGUUAAUGAAUUCAAUAAAUGUGAUUAUAUAAACAAAAAGAUAUUGUAAAAAAUGAUAUGAGAGAGAGAGAGAGAGAGAGAGAGAGAGAGAGAGAGAGAGAGAGAAAGAAAGAGAG